UCCGUCUUUCGUAGCGGGCACGUCAGCCACUGUUGGGCAUCCAGUUCCUAAAAAAAAUCGCACUCUCGUCGACUUUUUUGUUUUUCCUCUCAGGCGCCACUUUGUGCAAAGUGAUCUCGUGUGUGUUCCUCGCUGCUUGUGUGUCGUGCUGCAGCUAUCAUCGUCUUGGAUGUUGUUAACUGCUAUCCGACGAGACGACCACGUGAACUGCGUUCUGAACCCAAGGGAUUUGCGUGCAACGACCUGCGUGAUGGCUCGAAAGAAUCCAAUAUGAGGCAUACCACCGGUGCUUGAGCAUACUAUAAGCUGCGGGUGAUAUACGGCAAAGAGCACCCCCGCUGGAGCCAACUACACGUGCCCGUCAUCCAGCGUGAUCCGAUCAAGAGGUUCGGAACUACAGCCUAUCGGGCCGUAGUUUCCGAGCAAGCGGGCUAAACCACGAACUGGGACGUGGACCUGCGGACCCGGGCACUGCGGCUCAAUCGUCAGUCCGCAUCGCGCUUUUAGAAGCGUCUUCUUUCAGUCCUUGCAACCAAUUCCUGCAACCAGGACCUAGUGGAACUUGCGUAUCGAGGACAGUCGCUACCACGGCGGAUUCUCUAACGGCCCAGAGCCAAGAGGGGUAUCGCGCGGUACCCUGGGUUAUUCGUCGGUUCCCGGGUGCUCCCCGGAGGUACGGGUCAAGCUGGUGCACAGGCCUUCCUCGAAAAUCUCGCCUGUCAAGGCGGAGAACGGCACGACGGGGUCUAUGACAGAGCUUAUGCCACAGAUGUGCGUAACGUCGCCAACUGGAGGUGGCCUUGCGCUCGGCGACGGCAAGUCCCCGUCGUGUGGCAGACGUCGUGGAGUGUGCGUCGGCUGCGGGGGUCCCAUCAGAGACCAGUACCUGCUACGCGUCGCCCCCGACCUGGAAUGGCACGCGGCUUGUCUCAAGUGCGCCCACUGCCUACAGUUCCUAGACGAGACUUGCACGUGCUUCGUGCGCGACGGGAAGACCUACUGCAAGAGAGACUACCUCAGGCUGUUCGGUGCAAAGUGUUCCAAAUGCCAGCAGGGAUUCUCGCGGACGGACUUUGUGAUGCGCGCCCGUCAGCACAUUUACCAUCUGGACUGCUUCCGGUGCCAAGCGUGCGCUCGCCAGCUCAUCCCCGGAGACGAAUUCGCGCUACGCGAAGAUGGACUCUUCUGUCGCGCCGAUCACGACGUCCUCGACAAGUUCCCCAACGCUGCCCACAACAACGCCGCCGGCUCGCCAAACAACGCAAACAAUGGUCUCCAAAUGGCGGCCAAUGCGGAGCCUAUGGUGAGCCGGGAGCGUGGUCACUCAGUCCGACCUCAGGUGCACAAGCAGAGCAGUGGCGGUUCUGAACAUAAACCGACCCGCGUGCGUACAGUGUUAAACGAGAAACAGCUGCAUACACUACGCACCUGCUACGCGGCCAACCCGAGGCCGGACGCUUUGAUGAAGGAGCAGCUGGUGGAGAUGACGGGACUCUCGCCACGGGUCAUCCGCGUCUGGUUCCAGAACAAGCGCUGCAAGGACAAGAAGAAGAGCAUACUCAUGAAGCAGAUGCAGCAGCACGAAAAGGACGGCCGUCCGCUGAGCCUGGGCUCUCUGCGUGGAGUUCCCUUGGUAGCGACGAGCCCAGUGCGACACGAAGGCGGAGGCGGGGGAAGCCCGCAGCCGUUGGAGGUACAAGCCUACCAGCCGCCUUGGAAGGCCCUCGCGGAGUACGCCAUGCACCCGGGGGACAUUGACCCAUCGGCUCCACACUUUCAGCACCUCAUCAACCAGAUGCACGGGUACGACCUAGGCGAAACGCAACACUGCAUCGGGGGUCCUCUAGGUCCAGGCGGGGGCUACUUGUGCCACGAAGACACCUUGACAGCGCCUUCGAGCAACAUCUCCUCCACACACAUCCCGGGGACGCCCUCCGAACUCUCCAGCCCAACUAGCGAAUGACGCCAACGGAGGAGGAAGACACGACGCUAAACGCACCGCCGCGCCAUGCGGUUCUAGUCGCGGCUCAUCAACGUUCCUCGACAAGAACGUUGAGGGUCUUCAAAGUGGCGGCGCUGCGAAGUCACGUGAUGCGCUGCCAGCCAGUCCUGGCGCUUCGCUUUGGAACGAAGACUAACAGCUCGUGACGUCACCGGACCACUGCGAGGAGACGUCUCUGAUUGGUCGAAAUUGAGGAAGAGAACAUCUUCGCAAGGUUUUCCCCUGUUUUACGGACCUUGCGAACUGGCAUCAUGCCAACUUACAGGGCAGCGCUGCUUGUUAGCCGAGAGACCUGUUGCGCAAGAAUUAUGUGUGUAAAUCCAAAAUCAAUCACUUCUGUGAUUCCACGUUUGUUUCUUGAGCUAAAUCGAUCACUAAAAUCCGAGGCAUUCACGAGCUCUUCAUUAGUCCAAAGUCACUGCUGCAAGCGACGUUGUCAACGAAAUGGCGACUCCAAGAUGAACUCAAGUCACGCGCUAUGCCGGCGACCAAUCAGAGCGCUGCCUUCUUAAAAAAGGACUUUCAGCGCACAUCCAACAGGUGCAUGUUUGUGUGUGCGUGUGUAUGUGACUGGCUACACAUAAGGACAGGUGACCUGCCACCCUGCGUAAACUGCGUAGAAGUGCAAAUCGUUGUGAAACGCGAACACUUCAUUAUUUAAAAGAAAUAUUCGCGAGAGAACAUCACCAGUUUGUGUGGACUGCUACGCGAGUGUGCAUUCUCUUUUGUUUUGGACAUGAAGCGGACCAAUCCGAAUGCGAGAGCGCGGAUGACGUCGCAGACGCGAGUGCACAUCGGAUUGGACAACGCGGCGCUCGCGAAUCAACCGCGAAAACGAACGAAGUGUCGUACCUCGAGAAAAAGAAGAAAACAUGGUCACUUUCCGUUAGGGUGACAUUUGUGUACAGCGGGAGGAAGAGAAAAAAAAAAUAUCUGCUUAUUUACAAACAUUAAAGUUGGGGAAAGUACAGCAGAUUUCACGUUGUAUGAACGAAGCAUGUUAUUAUGCGGACGUGCGUUGAAUUUGAUUUGAAAUUUGCCAGCUGUGACAGUAACUUUUUAACUUUUCGACUGGAGAGUAUAUAUAAAAGCACAAGAACAACAAAAUGCGCUGUCCCCACAAAUACUUUCACCUAUAAUUUCUUUGUUCGUUGUCAGUCAUUAUCCAAACCCCGAGACCAGAAGAAAGAAUGUAUCAACCUUUGAGUGCUCGCCUUGCGCAUGUUUUUUUUUUUUUUUCUUUCCCUAGAUUCUGCCGUUUAUUUUUAUUUCUUCACGAAACUAUAUCACCAGCUCGACUGCAUGUGGCAAGUGUUCAGAGACUGCUCCACAACGGAGAAUGAUAAGAAAAUGAAUAAAAUCCAGUAGGAAAUUCCACGAGUGCAGAACUUAUAUUUUACUUUUCGAUAACUUCUGUAUACAUCUUCGUAGUAUCUUUUUUUUUUUUAAAUUGGCUCACGCUUCGGCCUAUGUACUGGCGUCAACAUGUCCGCAGCAUAACCGAACUAGUCGCUCGCUAUCCUUUCCGUUUUCGAAAUGGCUCCAAAUAACUGUGUGUCUCACUGUACAGAUGACGGGACCUGUUCUGUUGCCGCCAUUUAAUGUGCCAUAAUUCGCUGUGACGCGCCACUGUUGUCAUCGGAGUCUUUAUUGUUCUAUGAACAGUUCUCUAACGCGAAAUAAAAUAGGACUCGACCGUCGGUACGUGAUGUACCGGCGAUA